GGCAGACGCAGCGCGCGCACAAGUAUUAAAAAAUAAAAAAAAAAAACCACCAAAAAAAAUAAAAUGGAAGAGAGUAAGAAAAAGAAGAAACCAGAAGAGCAAGUUCAAGAGCCUGAAUCAGAUUUACCUGAAGCCUUACUAGAAUAUCACAUUGCGGCAAAAGAAGCAGCAAUUGCAUCGGUUUUGUUUCAUCUGAAAGGAUUGGAAGAAAAGAUCAAAGAAAAUAUUAAAAAGAAUGUUGUUGUGAAGGAAGAACAGAAGGUGCUUAUCAGGCGCUUAGUAAGGCAAAUAGAAGAAAAGGAGAAAAAACGAGAUGAGAAGGAGGUUGUAACCAGGGAUGAUGUGGAAGAGUCACUGAAAGCAGUUUUUCAGUUUGUGAAGGACAAAGAACAACUUCUUCAAGAUCUGCGCUCCCAAAUUGAAGAAACUAAGAAAAAAAUUGCAGAAAAGCAGCGUGAGAGAGAUUAUUGGUUGGAGUACAAAAAUGUCGGAAGUAAAAUACAUGCUGAGAGGAUUAGCAGUCUGGAAAAAGACAUUGCAGAUGUCAAAUAUGAACUUGAAAGAACUGAAGAAUAUUACAGAGAAGCUUUGGAAGUUGUGAAAGAAGAAAAUCAGAAACUGUUUGACAGGCACAUGAAAUUACUCAGUGAAGAAGCUCUUAAGAAUGCUGUGGGAUACUUAGACAAAGACUGUCGCAGAGAGAUUGAAGAGAAUGAGUGGCUCAAAGAAGAGGUUAAGAUCUACCGAAAGGAAGAAAGGGAUUUGAAAGCUUCUGUCCAGCUCCUGGAAGAAGAAAAUACCAGUUUAGUGGCAAAAUUGAUUGAUAUCAAACUUCAGCAACUAGGAGUAUCAGGGCAUUUGUUUCAUACAAAGGGAGCUGGCUUGCAAGAACUUCCUAAGGAUGAAAUGAAAAGGGGAAAAAGAGAAUAUACAGCAAAGACAGAUGGAAAGAGCCUCAGAAGUGCCUUUCCAAAGAUUCGGUCUAAAACAGAUUACAAAAAGCCUCCAGACAGUGAUGAAAAAUCACGGAAAAAAUUCUUCACUCCAGCCCUGGACAGCUUGUUGUAUGAAGAUGAAGAAGAGUUCGAGGCAUACUCAAAACUGGGACCUCUGAAGAGAAAGCUGCUCGUGGUUGGAAAAGCUGUGCCUGCUUGUAAGGAUCCAGAAGAAAUGCCAAGCAGGAGCUACAGAGAAAAGGACACUGUUGGUAAAUCAGAUGGGCAUAUCACAGCUAAGAUGAUCAAGGCCUUAUUUAAGGAAAAUGUUGAUGAAAACUAGACAAGCUGUGCUGUUUGCACAGAAAUGUAACAUUCUCAGUUCAUUAAAUAUUUGCUCUCUUCUGUGUGGCAUGGGGCUUUGAGGAAACUAUUUUAGAGUGCCUGAAUCAUGAUUAUAAGUUUCAUGAGAGGUAUGUCUGUGUGCAGAGGCUAAUUGAAAGGUUCCUUUCCUUACCACUGAGAGACGUCUUGUGCACUCUUUGAGGUAUUCAGUCCACAUAGCAGCACAUUUAUCUACUAAAAGAUCUGAGCUAAUAUUUAGUUUGUGUGGUCUCUACUUGCAGAUGUGGAAUUUCCUCUUGAUCAGACAGUGAAUGGGUAAAUGCAGGCUGCCAUAAAACACAGAACU